AUGGAGUCAGGAUCAGGGACAUCAAACGCGCUGGUGCGGAAGCGGACGGACACUUCUUUGAUGCCCCCUCCCCCUCCAGCUAAAAAGAUCAAACGACCAAAGAAGGUACUCGAUGAGGAUACCUACACAGAGACGCUGUCUCAAAUUAUAGCUCGUGACUUUUUUCCUGGUUUGUUACAGACGGAGACACAACAAGAAUAUCUCGACGCCUUAGAGUCAAAAGAUGCCGCUUGGAUAUCGAGCGCAGGACGGAGACUUCAGCAUGUUAUGACACCAGGACGCCAGAACACACUACUCCCUCCAAAAUCAGCAAACUCUUUCACUCCUGGAGACCGCACGCCUUCGACAUAUGGAGGGGACACACCAGCUUCUGUCAUCUCAAAUGUUCCAGAGUUUCAGCCACGGCUCAAAACCAACAUGAGUUUAUCAAAGUUCCAAGAGACUUAUACAAGCGAAGACAAUGAAAGCUUUUAUAAACUUGUUGACAAGCAGAACCAGAAAAAGGCUGAAAAGUAUGCUUGGCUUUGGCGUGGCAAUAAAUUACCAUCAAAGCAAAUGAUCAAGCAAAAGGAAGUUGAGGAUCGAAUCGGGCAAACACGAAGUCUGACGGACGACGGCUCCAAACGCGAUCGUCUUGCUAUCAAAGACAAAGACGACCGCCCGGCACGUCCAGAUACAUGGAAUGCCAAUCCCAAGAACAACUUGAUGUUCGGGCCCGAUGGUGUUGAUGAUAGCGUUGUUAGCGUUUCUCAAAAGGCUGAGGAAUCUUCAAAGAUGGCGCCAAAAUCGAUUGUUUACGCAAACACAAGAAUGCCUGAACCGCGCGUUAUAGAACGGCCGUCAUCCCCUACCAUGUCUGCAAUACGAGACGCCAUCGCAGGCAGGCCCCGGAAGAGCGAUCAAGACUCGAGUGUCAGUGGAGGAGAGACGCCAAGGGUGAAUGGAUACGCAUUUGUUGACGACGAGGAUGAUGAAAAUGAGCCGAUACUCCCUGCACCUAUCAUCAACCUGGGUCCAGGAGAUGACUCGCCAAACCCUUUCCGCUUACAAGAGCAACGCGAUAGAGAGACUCUGCACGAGCGCAUGGUGGAGCGAAUAUCGCAAUCGAAAAAGGAAUCCACGAGGAACGGGCUUACAGGGAGGGUAGAUAAAACGCCAGUUCCCAAAUUCCCGAGUAGCCCUCGUGUAUCUACUGGAGGUCUGACACCAGCAGCGCAAAGGUUGUGGAGUAAAAUUGGCACACCUGGACACGGGUCAAGCGGGAGCUCAUUUGGACAAUCUAACAAGCCCAUGACUCCUAGGGGGUCUCUUUUGAGAUCAGUCAAGAGAUCUGGCUCAACGUCGGGAUCGAAGUGA